AUGGAAAGCAACCCAGGAAAACCGGGCAACGGCCGAGAUGUUCUACAGACAUCAGAGACAUCCAGCACUACUCACGAUGUCGUGCCCAUGAAUGAAAAAUCAGAUAAUCUACACCAAUUAGAAAAUGCCUCCCCCGAUGGCCGCAUUAUACUCACCGAGGAUAUGUGCUACGACAGACUAGGAUACUCCUUCAGCGAGAAACGCAAGUGGUUGAUCAUUGGUGUCAUUUUCCUGGUCCAGGUCUCCAUGAACUUCAACACCUCGCUCUACUCCAACGGUCUUUCCGGAAUUUCGGAGGAGUUCGGUGUCUCGAUGCAAGCUGCUCGAUGCGGUGCCAUGAUUUUCCUGGUUCUAUACGCUUUCGGUUGCGAGCUGUGGGCACCUUGGAGUGAGGAGUUGGGUCGCAAGCCUAUUCUGCAGCUUUCUUUGUUGUUCGUCAAUAUCUUCCAACUGCCUGUGGCACUAGCUCCGAACUUUGCCUCCAUCAUGGUCGGUCGAGCUCUUGGAGGUCUCUCAUCGGCCGGUGGUUCGGUGACUUUGGGCAUGAUUGCGGAUUUAUGGGAGGCAGAUACCCAGCAGUAUGCGGUUGCGGCCGUCGUUUUCUCCUCAGUGGGUGGCUCGGUUCUGGGCCCAGUCAUCGGUGGUUUUGUGGAGGCCUUCCUCCCCUGGCGCUGGAACAUCUGGAUUCAGCUUAUCUUCGGUGGCUUUGUCCAGAUCAUGCAUUUCUUCCUCGUUCCCGAGACCCGUACCACCGUCCUCAUGGACCGCAUUGCAAAGAAGAUGCGUGAGAGCGGCGAGAACCCCAACAUCUAUGGUCCUACCGAGAAUAUGACCUUCCGUGAGCGUUUCCCUCCUCGUGAGAUCCUGUCCACCUGGAUCCGUCCAUUCCGCAUGUUCUUGACCGAGCCAAUUGUCUUGACUCUCUCCCUAUUGAGUGGAUUCAGCGACGCCCUGAUUUUCAUGUUUAUCCAGUCUCUGUCCUUGGUCUAUGGUCAGUGGGGAUUCAACACCUGGCAACUCGGUCUUGCAUUCAUUCCCAUUGUGGUUGGAUACUUCAUUGCGUGGAUCUCUUGGUUCCCAGUGAUUAAGCGGAACGUGGCCGAGCGUGCCGCCAACCCCGAUAGUGAACGGGCCCAGUAUGAGUCUCGCCUCUGGUGGUUGCUGUACACUGCACCCUGCUUGCCCAUCGGUUUGAUUGGCUUUGCCUGGACCAGUCUGCCACAAUGCCACUGGAUCGGAUCUAUGAUCUUCGCUGCCAUCAUUGGUAUCGCCAACUAUGCUAUCUAUAUGGCUACUAUUGACUACAUGAUCUGUGCUUACGGUCCGUACUCUGCCUCGGCCACUGGUGGAAAUGGAUGGUCGCGCGACUUCCUGGCUGGUGUUCUGACUAUCCCCGCGACUCCCUUCUUCACCAACAUCGGUAGCACAGACCACGUCGAAUGGGCCUGUACCAUUCUUUUCUUCAUCUCACUCGUGUUGGUCGCUGCUGUCUACGUCAUCUACUGGAAGGGCCCUGCCCUGCGCAAGCGUUCUCCGUUCGCCCAGCAGCUGAACGAGGCUCGCCACGACCUGGCCAUCCAGGGCCGACGUGUAUCUAAGGUUCCUGAAGCAUCGCGUGCCAACUCAUACGCCCGAUCCCAGCAAGAUCUUCGUCUCCGCCAGGCUCUGGGCAGCCGCCCCGGCUCCCGUAUCAACUCUCGGGCCAACUCGCGGGCCAACUCGCGGGCGAACUCCCGCCGCAACAGCGUGAACCUUUAA